GUAAUUGUCUGGUCGCCGCGAAAUAUUUUGCCCUUAGUCACGUGACUCCGGCUUUGUGAACCAUCGGAUCUCAAUUUUGUGAGAAAGACUAUAAUAAGCUAUUUGUAUAUACCUGCAUUGUAUAUACCUGUAUAUGAUGUCCUCUAUGGGGUCCUCAAGGGGCAAUACACGGUCUGGAGGGAGGUCCGACAAGUCCUCUUCUUCUCAGAAGACCUCUGCACAGAAUGCCACAGCCAAAUCUACACCAACAGAGCCACAGCAACCCGUCGGUAAAAAGGCAACCCAAGAACAGUUACGACUUGCCCAGAUAAUAUCUGAUCCUCGCACAGAAGAUAAUGACAUGGUCAAAGAGAAAGUCAAACAGGUGCAUGAACUGACCAACAGAUCCGAAGAUGAGAUCAUGGUGGCACUCCACGACAGUAAUUACGACACAGAACAAGCCAUCAUUCUCCUGCUCGAGAGAGAGGAAGGAAAUCAGAAGGAUGAAUGGGAAACCAUCAGUAAGAAGAGCAAAGUUCGUGGAAUGGCACCAUCGAUGCGUAGCACAGAUUCAUUCAACAAUCACCAAGACAAAGACCACAAGAAUCAUGACGACGAUCGCAGAGACAGGGGCGGGCGGGGCCGUAACCGUGACAACAGAGAUAGCAGAGACGGGCACGACGGGAGAGGGGAUAGAGGAGACAGAGAGGGAAGCUACAGUAGGGGACGAGGAAGAGGAGGGAGGGGUAAUCUUCCACCCAGAAUGACCAGAGGUCGAGGAAGGGAUAGGGAGAACGACUAUGAUCGAGAUCGUAAUGAUCGUAACGAGUCAGGUCGUGGGCGUGGCAGACGGAAUGCAGAAAUGAACGGUCCAUCUCGGCGAUCAAAUCGCGGAGGUGCCGGUGGUGGUGGUGGUGCUGGUGGUGGUGCUCCUCAAAGGUCGUUCACAAAUUCUAAAUUUGGGAAUUACCAAGAAGAAGACGCGUUCAAGUCCACAGACAACGUUUGGAGGAAUCCUCCUUCAACGGAAUCUUGGGAUAAUGCAGCGAAUUCCAACGCCCAGCCCACUAAGACAGGAGAGUGGGGUACAGAGGAUUGGGGGGCUGAGGAUUGGACUGGGGAUCUGGCUGAAAGUCAAGUAUUCACAGCAACCAAUCCUGUCCCGCCCAUGCCCCUGGAUCCCAUCUCCGCAAGCCCCUCAUCCCAGAUGCAAGCACCUGUAGGUCAGCCCCCAUCAUCGGGUCUCUCUAACCAAGGCAUGCCCCAGCAGCAGCAGCAACACUCCAUGGAUGUACAGUCCUCGUUAGCCGGUCCCCCUGGGAUGUCGAGUGGAGGUGGUGGGAUGCCAGCCGGUGGAAGCAGGCAACCUGUAGGAGGAAGCAUCGGACAGUCGCCCGCCGGUAACAUAGGGCAACCUCCUGCUGGCAGCAUAGGUCAACAACAUCCCCCUGGUAUGAUGCAAGGGAUGGUGGGACAACCCCAAGGGGGUAUGCCUCCGGGUAUGCCUCCAGGUAUACCUCCCAGUAGCAUGCCUGGUGGUGGUGGUAUGUCCGCGGGAAGCAUCGGUCAACCGCCCGGUGUUAUGGCCGUAGGUGGAUCUGUGAUUGGACAAGGAGGAAUGAAUUCUAACAUGCAGGGUAAUACCACCAUGCCUGACAUGAGUAGAAGCAUUGACCUUGCAGCGUUGUUUGGCAAGCCUGUCCAGGCCCCUGUAACCUCCCACGGAGUGAGUGACCCAGCAGCAGGUGGGAGAGAUAGUAGCAGUGUCUUCAGCCAGUUCAGAGACCCAAGCAAAGCUCAGAACAUGAACUCUAUGGCAGACCAACAGAGCAAACAAGUACAGAUGGGUAUGGACCAAUCACAAGGAGGACAGCUGCCGCCCUCGUCAAGAGCCCCCACGCAAUCCAGGCCUACCCGUAAGAAGCUGCCCCCUCCCUCUACCAAGAUCCCUGCUUCGGCCGUAGAGAUGCCCAACUCGGCCCGUGGUCUGGGCGCUCUGGACGUCCAGUUUGGAGCCAUGGACAUCACUAUGGAUCCAGCAGUGUCUGACUUUGGGCUGUCCCAAUCCAGCUCGAUGCCUUCAUCAAUGUCGUCCACGCUCUCAACGACCGGUGGACUUUCCAAUAGUGCUUUCAGUGUUAACAGUCCAGGGACCAGUGCAAACCAUCUAUCAUACAGCAAGAGUAAUGAACCCUCAUACCCAGUAUCAACGGGCAUGAACCCAGUGGGGAUGAACACAAAUACAGCAGCAAACACGGCGCCCUCUAGUAUCUCGCAACAACAGUCCUUAGAUCCAUCGCAGCAAAGAGGACCACCACACUAUGGGCAGAGUGCUCAGCAGAAACAGAUGACACCAGAUCCUAUUCCUCUACCAAACCAAAAUGAUAUGAAGACCAACGCAUACCUCGCAUCACAGAAACCCUCCUCAGUACAAUCAUUAGAAAAUAAAGACAAGACAUCAUCCCAGUUGUCCCAGCUUGCCAGUCUCUCAUCCUCCACAGGCUUUGGACUCUCAACGAGUCAGUCUAUCGGUGGAAACAGACAGGUACCCAAUUCAUACGGUUCACCGGGCAUGUCCGGAACAUCCAGCAUCCCCGCAUCGUCCAACUCCCAAUACCAGACAUCGGACCUAUCCAGUGCAUUCUCAACCCCCAUGGGGUCCUCAGGCCUUUCAUCAGGAGGGCUAUCCUCCGGUCCGAGCACCAUCGGUUACUCCUCACCAUCUCAGGCAGCAGGCAGCCUGAGCAGCGGGGGCGGCGGUACGAGUGGUGGGCCAGGAGGAGGGGGUGGUCUGUCCGGUUCUGGUCAUUUGUCCAGCGGGUUAAGUGCAAGCAGCAGUGUGUCGCAGGCGACUACCACGUUGUCCAGUUCCAAGCUGGCUGGUCUAGAUGCCAGGCAGGGACAGUCUUCAUUAGGUUCCAGUAAUCUUGUUUCGGGAAAUCUCAACAAUGCAUCGUCAUCGUUAGGGUACACAACGACCACAGCGGGACUUACGGGAUCAAAAUCAGUUUCACAGGGAUCAGCCAAACAGCUACCGAACUUGCCACCAGGGAUGCCCUUCAUGUACCAUCCAAACCUCAUUGGUGCAGGAUUCCCACUUGUCAAUCCUAUUCCAACACACCAACCGUACAUGUAUGAAGAUUUCCAAAUGCAAAUGGGAAGAUUACCCAUGCCAUUCCAGCAGCUGGCUACGACAACGUUGAACACAGGUCGGGAUACAAACUCGCUAGGUAACACACCCUACUCUGUCACAGAGGCUAGUAAGUUUCCAAGAAAUGAUGCCGCUUCACCCGUAGCUUCGUCCCUCUCAACCCAACAACAUCAACAAACAGCAGGCUCAGCGUUAGCCGGUCAAGGAGCGCAUCACCAGACGCAAACCCAACAGCAGACGCCUUUCUUGAACACCACGCUGCCGCCAGGGUAUCCAGGUUACAGCACUCUACCUUACUACGCAGCAGGACCGGGACUAAUGCCUCCUGGUCUGCAGUAUCCUGCGGUCUUCCCUGCUGUAAGUAGUGUGCAGCCAACGGGCCGAGCCCAAACAGGAACGACGCCCCAUUCUGCCUUCCAGCAGAGUGGAUACACACAACCAGCGUCGCAUAAUGCUUAUGGUACAGGUUAUGAUGAACUAACCCCAACACCAGACUUCACUAAGGGAGGGUACAACAGUGUGUCCCAAUCACAGUCUAAAGGCUCAGGGGUUACAGGCAGAGUAACAGCUUCAGUGAGUUCAGCAUCAACGGGACCAGCCGACCUGGCGGGUUCAUCGUAUUCCAGCAAGUCACACACCCAGCCGUUUGAAAACAAGGGAGGCUUUCACACGGGCACCCCGCCCCCGUUCAACUACCCCCUCACAGCGGUGACCCAAGCAGGUGCAUUGAACCCGGCGGCGGCCGCAGGAGCAGCCCAGCAGGCCCACUACGCCCCCUUCGUGCCCAUCCUACCACACCACUCUGCUGCAGCCAUGCUAGCUCAUCAGCUACCGGGAGAUACCCAAGGGGCGGGGUCGACGGGACGAUCGCAGGUCGGAGCCUCUCAGAGCUCGAAGACCAGUAAACCAUCCUACGGUACCAACUACUGGCCAAACUAAGACCCUUAUCCACCACUAUCACCACUACCACCUGCAUACACCAGGUUUCACGGAGAGUGCCUGACAGUGUAUACUAAUACACUGGUCUUCUAUCAAUCGUUUAACAUUUAACAUCCUUACCAUCGAUCUUCUAUUUCGGUUUGCCUUUGGAAACUGUUAUUGAUAUACAAACGUAUUUCGGACAUAGGCUCGUAUUUUGUGUGAUACUCUGAAUAUGGUGUGUGCUGGGGUGGUGGUGUAGCGGACACUGUCGAUAUGCGAUAUGAAUUUAAACCUUAAUUUUAGAUUGUGCUCUACAUUUAAUGCAAUUAAUUCAGUUCAAAUCCAUGUGUAUACUAUGUUAUAACUUAAAAACAUUGUAGUUGUGUCUCUAUGGAGCUUUGUGUCGUGUGAAAUAGAUAAAAAUCUGAUAUAGAGUAUUAGCUAUCUCUCUUCAUCCUUUUCAUAUCAACCAAAGAAUUAGUCACUAACUUUCUGCAAUAUUCCAUUAACAUAGCGGUGGUGGCAUGUUUGAUGAUUCUGCUUCUUACGUAAUAAAUGAAUUCUAUGUUGCAGCCUUUCACAAGCGGAGAAUCGUUAAUCAUUCUUGCUUGUUUCAGCCUGUAAUUAUUCAGAUUCCGUUAUAUUGCAAGGACAUACAAUGCUACAUAAGACCGAGCUACUGUGUAGGAUCUCCAUAAACCUGUAUGACUUGAUUUGGUUGGGAAUGUUUCAUGAAUAACGUGCUGCAUUAGAGUAUAGCUGAAACAUUGCAUGAUUGCUUCAAGUCUGAACUGAAAUAAUCACCCGAUACGUCCUCGAAUUCCACAGUAAAGAACUCACUAAGAUCCCAAACUAGAAACCUUGAUAUAUUUCUUUCACUAUAGAACCCUAUUUGACAGGAAGAUUGCACCCCAGUCACGCUUUCAACAACAUCCUUUUCAAACCAAAAUUCUAGUUUAUAUUAUUAAACUGUUGAGAGGGUUUCAAACUAAAGUCGCCAGCCACAAUAUUUCCUUACGCACUAUGAACUUCUAGUCAAAGUCA